AUGAAUCAUAAUAUUAUACCAACUGCUAAAGUUGGUCUAUUAUGUUUAUCUUGGUUAUUAUUCACUCAAUUCUUAUCUUCAAAUAAAGUAGUAUCACCAGCAAGAUGUAGGAAAUUAGUACACAUUGGAACAGGUAUAAUAUAUGUAAUGUCAUGGGGAUUAUAUCCAAUAAAUGAUCCAUCAUCUAGAUUGUAUUGUUCGAUUAUACCUGCAUUGGUUACAUUUCAAUUUACAUUGGUUGGUAUGGGAUUGUUAAAGGAUAAAAAGGUGGUUGAUUCCAUGUCACGCUCUGGUAAUCCUAGAGAACUACUGUUUGGACCAGCUACAUAUGGUAUCAUUUUCGUAUUGUCUACUAUCAUUUAUUGGGCAAACUCACCGGUUGGUAUCACUGCCCUAUCACUUUUAUGUUUUGGUGAUGGCUUUGCAGGUCUCAUUGGAAGUGAGUUUGGUCGUGCAAGAAUACCUUAUAAUCGUUCGAAAACCAUCGUUGGUUCUGUAUCAUUUGUCAUCUUUUCAGUCGUUGGAAGUUUGAUGCUUCUCACUAUCAUCCAAUCCUAUGGUUAUCUCAUUCAUUUCUCGUUGUAUGCUUUUAUACCUUCACUCAUUGUAGUGUCCAUUAUAGGUGCCAUCGUUGAAUCACUUCCCAUCGAAGACUGGGAUAAUAUCACUGUUUUCAUGUGUUGUGUUUUGGUUUUAGGUUGGUCAAAUUAUGAUUUAUUAAUCAUUUAA